AUGUUGACGCUACCACCAUCUCCUGGCCUGAGGUUACUCAGAUCUGAGCAAUGGCUUCUCCUAUCCGAAGAACUGCUCAUAAAUUGGAUACUGGAGACAUCACUCGAACGUGCACCAAAGGAUGCAAAGGUCUCUAUACAGAGCCUCCUCGAUACCACCACGGGGAAGGGCAGCCUAUCGAAGCUAGCAACCAGAGAUAUGCACUCGAACCGAUCGUCGGCAACUCGCAAGUCACCUUUACUUGAGUACAUUCCAGCUGUGGUCUCAAGCUCCGCUUCGAGUCCCAAGCUGGGUUCAGCGUUCAACAUGUUGGAGCCGACACGAGGAACAUCCAUGUUCGGGUUGGACAAACCUCUCACAAGAGCAGAAAGGAGGAGCGUCGAUUUUCAGAAGGGUCAACUCAUCCGACGCAUCUCGAGCAUGAAGGCGCCAAAUGCCAAAUUCGGACCGGUGGUUGCAGUCAUUGGAGCACCUUCGCCGGUAUCAACUCAACAUGGUACGCCAAUGUCCCUUGUUGGGUCUGGAGGGGUGGAAACGUGGACCCAAGCCUUUCUUUCCAUGGUGGAAGGAAUUUUGAGGGAUGGAGAGGAUAUGGCGGUGAUGAUGAGUUACUCCCUCAUACGUAGCCACGUCCAGCGCCUUUCCCAUCUCUUGGACGCCGUAACCGAAUCCCGGCUGGUGGUCUUGAGUGCCGUAAACGAUGACAACCUUUUAGUAUCGCGUGGAACAGCGUCCAGGGGCAUAGAUGAAGCCGGUACUAAACUUUCACGAGGAUCGGCCGUGAAUAGCAGCACCAGAGGCGGGGCACCUCGCAGAAAGGGACGAGACGACAAGCCAGACGAGCUUGGCUGCGAGAGCGAGAGCACGAACAACGAAGAAUAUGAUGAUCACCCGCCAGAGCCAACCAAUCUCGCCGUAACCGGUCUCCGUGACUGGAGCAGCUCUAUCUUUGGUGACCCCCUUCUAGCCUCCGUCUUCAGCCAAAAUCCGUCCGCCGACUUCCUCCGCGGCUUCCAUCAACCGGUUAAAGAUGGAACCGAGCCUCCAGCCAAUACAAGAAAACGGGAUACGCCUCCCCUGGGUCAUAGUCACGGCGACGAUGGCAUUAUCCAAGAUCUCGAAAACGCCCCCAUCCGCUUGCUGCUGUACGAAUGCUACCAUGCCGCUGUAUGUGUGAUUAAGCAAUUCUACCGACCAGCCGGUGCCGCCAGCACCAAGCGCGAGAUGGAGGCGCGGAAGCGACUUGCGAACGUGCUGAGCCGGCUCGAGGAUGUCGAUGAUAUGGCUUGCAAAAGACCAAGAAGGGCGAGCGUUACUUGUAUGGAGAAGUGGCCGAUUAAGAGGCCCAAAAGCACUGAGGGAAGUUGA